CAGGAAAUGACCAGAGACUGCGGACAUAGUACUGGGGAUGACCAGAGACUGCGGACACAGUACAGGAGAUGACCAGAGACUGCGGACAGUACAGGAGGUGACCAGAGACUACGCACACAGUACAGGGGAUGACCAGAGACUGCGUACACAGUACAGGGGAUGACCAUAGACUGCGGACACAGUACAGGGGAUGACCAUAGACUGCGGACACAGUACAGGGGAUGACCAGAGACUGCAGACACAGUACAGGGGAUGACCAGAGACUGCGGACACAGUACGGGAGAUGACCAGAGACUGCAAACACAGUACAGGGGAUGACCAGAGACUGCGGACACAGUACAGGGGAUGACCAGAGACUGCGGACACAGUACAGGAGAUAUCUAGAGACUGCAGACAGUAUAGGGGAUGACCAAGAGACUGCAGACUUUUUGGGGAGGGAGGGGGAGUGGGUACCUGAAUUUGACAGAAGACACCGGACUUUCACAAAGAGCAGUGCUUCUGGCGCAUGCACAGUGGGCUGUCACAGCCGGGUGCCCACACUAAAGAUGCCAGUGUGGGAAGACUGUACAGUGCUAGACCGA